GAAUCCAAAAUGUACUCAGCUUAUUCUGUGCUGUGCUUACAGAAAAUAAAGUUCUCUUUCACUCUGCAAGUUUUCAGAGGCUCAGUGAUGCCUGUAGGGCUCUGGAGUCUUUGAUGUUUCCCCUCAAAUACAGUUAUCCGUAUAUUCCAAUUCUUCCUGCACAGCUGUUGGAAGUUCUCAGCUCACCAACUCCUUUCAUAAUUGGUGUACAUUCUGUAUUUCGCAAUGACAUUCAUGAGCUUUUAGAUGUAAUCAUAGCAGACCUGGAUGGAGGCACAAUUAAAAUUCCUGAAUGUAUUCAUCUUUCUCAGCUGCCAGAGCCACUGCUACAUCAGACUCAAAUGGCGCUUUCUCUAGUUUUGCAUCCUGAUUUGGAAACAGCAGAUUAUGCAUUCCCUCCCCCACGAACAGCUUUAUCACACUCAAAAAUGCUGGACAAAGAGGUGCGAGCGAUCUUCCUUAGGCUGUUUGCACAGCUCUUCCAAGGAUACCGGUCAUGUCUUCAGCUGAUCAGAAUUCAUGCUGAACCAGUAAUUCAUUUCCAUAAGGCAGCCUUCUUGGGGCAGCGAGGCUUAAUUGAGAAUGACUUUCUAACCAAAGUUCUCAAUGGAAUGGCAUUUGCUGGGUUUGUGUCAGAGAGAGGUCCUCCAUUCAGAGCCUGUGAUCUUUUUGAUGAGUUGGUAGCCUUUGAAGUUGAAAGAAUUAAAGCUGAGGAAGGUAAUCCACCAAAAAUGAUAAAGCAUGUUAGAGAACUUGCAGAACAGCUCUUCAAAAAUGAGAAUCCAAAUCCCCACAUAGCAUUCCAGAAAGUUCCACGGCCCACGGAGGGCUCCCACUUGCGGGUUCACAUCCUCCCUUUCCCCUGGAUCAAUGAAUGCCGGGUGCAGGAGCUCCUCCAAGAGGGCCUAGCAAGGAGUCAGGGUGCACCCCCUGCCGCCCGGGGGGACAAGAAGUGCGUUGUUCCUGCCGGUCCCCCUGUUGUUUCCAUAAUGGAAAAAGGAAGCACAGUUUUCAACAGCGCACAAAGGCUGGAAGUUGUUAGAAACUGCAUCUCAUUCAUUUUUGAAAACAAAUUUUUGGAGACUGAAAAGGCACUUGGAAAAUGUCAGUUUUUUGUCCCCCGCAUGACCCUGCCUGCAGCUCUGAGAGCCCUAAAAGGAAAGGCAGCACGGCACUGCCUGACACAGGAGUUAGGCCUGCACGUUAAACAAAAUCGAGCAAUACUGGACCAUCAGCAGUUUGACUACAUUGUGCGAAUGAUGAACUGUGCUUUGCAG